AUGAGGCCUCCACUUUUGAGGAGUUUAAGUAAGCUGUUGCGUCACGAGCUGCAUCCGAUUCGGAGGCAUGUUGCGGUAAAUUAUCAUUUUCUAAGUCAAUGCAAAAGAACCCUUCCGGAAUGUGGUAAAUUAGUAUCCGCCGUAUCUUCCAGACUCUAUUGCACAGCAGCCAAAGCCCCAAAAUUAGAGGAACCAAAACCACACUGUAAUGUUGGUACCAUAGGUCAUGUAGAUCAUGGCAAAACGACGCUCACAGCUGCUAUUACAAGGGUCCUCUCCAAGAAAGGUCUUUCAGAAUAUGUGUCAUAUGAUCAGAUUGACAGGGCUCCUGAGGAAAAAGCCAGAGGCAUUACCAUUAAUGCAUGUCAUAUUGGUUAUGAGACACCGCUUAGAACAUAUGCCCACACUGAUUGCCCGGGACAUGCAGAUUACAUAAAGAAUAUGAUAUCGGGUGCUUCACAAAUGGAUGGUGCUAUUUUGGUUGUUGCUGCCACCGAUGGCCAAAUGCCACAAACUAGAGAACACUUGUUGUUGGCAAAACAAGUCGGUAUUCAGCGCAUUAUUGUAUUUAUAAACAAGGCAGAUUUGGUCGAUCAAGAAGUUCUUGAACUGGUGGAAAUAGAAAUGCGAGAAAUGUUGACCGACUUCGGAUUCGAUGGCAUUAACACUCCGGUUAUUUGUGGUUCCGCACUGCUGGCUUUGCGUGAUGACCCUUCGCCAUUUGGUGUUCCAUCAAUAGAGAAACUACUUCAGCAUGUCGACGCUUAUGUACAGACUCCAAAGAGGGAUCUGGAUUCGCCAUUCCAAAUUCCCAUCGAUAAUGCUUUUACAGUACCAGGACGUGGAACUGUUGUGGUCGGUACCAUUAAACGGGGUACGGUCCUUAAAAAUGCCGAAUGUGAUCUUCUGGGCUUUAAUCAAAAUAUCAAAACCUCUGUGGGUGACAUACAAAUAUUUAGAAAGAGUGUUCCCAAAGCUGUUGCUGGGGAAAAUGUUGGUGUGCUACUGCGAGGUGUCAAAAUAUCCAGUGUAGAGCGUGGUAUGCUGCUUACCCAACAAGGUUCUGAAGAUAUAUCCAAUCAUUUCCUGGCAUCCAUGUAUUUAUUGUCACGAAGCGAAGGCGGACGUACAAAACCAAUGCUUUCUAAAUACAUUCAACAAUUGUUUAGCGUAACAUGGAAUGUCCCUGCCCGCAUCGAUAUGAUACCCUCCAGUGGAAUGCUAAUGCCUGGCGAUCACGCCAAUGUAAGAAUUACUUUAUUGCGUAAAAUGGUUAUGACUCCUGGUCAGGCAUUUACGAUACGAGAAAAUGGCGCGACAGUUGCAACUGGUAUGAUACUAGAACGAAAACCAUCCGUUGACAUACCAAAGAAUAAGUUAUCCAAGGCUGUUGUUAAUGACGAUUAA